AAUGUGACGGGGAAGCCUGCAGGUCUCAGAUGCCUUCUGCAGCAAUAAAGCAAAUUAGAAAAUCAGCAGAUGCUAAUUUGACUAUUCGGGCUGUUUGGGUGCGUUUAGGGCCAGUUUGUACAGUAGGAACAUUUCCUGGCUCGCUGCUGCUGCUGCUGCUGCUGCUCCUGGUCCGCCGAUCGAGUGCUCCCUGCCCCACAGCCUGCAUCUGAUCGUCAUACAGAGGUUUCCCCCCCUGCUGCAUGCGUAACAUCUCUCCAAGUCCAGCCGUGGUGCUCACCAAGACCUCACCGCUUGGAUCUCAUCUUCCUACACGGAAUACGCACGACUCACGCUGAGCGAACCGCUGAGGCGAAAUUAAAACGCCAGGAUUUACCUCCACGGGUUCAGUCCAGACCGAAACGAGGCUGGGAUUUCCUCGUAUCAUUUGAUAUUUGACAGAUCCUUUUUUUUUGUGCGUGUGCGUGCGUGUGUGUGCGUGUGUGUGUAUGUGUGUAUGUGUGUGUUGGGUGGAGUCAACCCGGAAUUCUCCAAAUUGGAAAACCACUGGCACAUUUCAGCACCAUGAAGGACGGUAUUGCUAACAACAGCACAGCCAGCAUCUCCCAAGCCAGGAAAGCUGUGGAGCAGCUGAAGAUGGAGGCCUGCAUGGAUAGGAUAAAGGUAUCCAAAGCAGCCGCAGACCUGAUGGCGUACUGUGACGCCCACAUACGCGAGGAUCCGCUCAUCAUGCCUGUCCCCGCCUCCGAGAACCCUUUCCGGGAGAAGAAGUUUUUCUGCACCAUCCUCUGAUGACCUGUCGGUAGAGCUGUACGGGUGCGGGCAUGGCGUUGCCUGACUUCUCUGUCUUCACCACACCUGAAGCUACUGGCCAUAGGCAUUGAGUUGAGUUUUGCCAGGUGGACACUCUGUUGUUGGUCAGCUCUUUCCUGGUGGCUGAAGGUUUUGGGGGAGUCAGCUACCAAACUGGCAACCCAGUGAGCGUAUCAUGUCUUGUUAAAUAGGUUUGUUAUUGCUUUGUUAUUAGAGAACAGCCUUGCUCAGUGCUUAAUGAGAUGAGAGAUGAUGUUUUCAUUUUCUUUUUUUCUUCUAUUGUGCUAGAUCUUAACAUGCCUCAGGAAACAGAAAUUUGCCCAGUGUCUGCGACUUUUUUAAUUAUUUACUUCCCUUUCAUUUAUCUGAAUAACAAAACAUUAAUCUAUGUAUUGUGUUGACCAUAAUUUAAGUUUAUUUUUAUUGCUUUCAGUGAACAGGUUUGACGCUGUGUAGCAACGCUUCCUGAAAGCACCACUGAAAUUUGACUGCUAGUGGUUACUAUUUCAGUUUGCCUCCACAGUCAUUAACAAUCAACCUGCUCGUUUUGGUACUGCAGUACAGUCAGAUUCAGAUUAGAGCGCAUAAACAGAAACCUUAUCUCACGCAGUAAGUUAUUUCAGUUUGUGCAAACUGCUCUCGUAAUAAGGAGGAUGUGGCUGCACAUCAGUUCUGCAGCAAAUAAAUAAAUAGGCUCUAUUUAUUGAAAGGUGCAGAGCUAAUGUUUCAACACCGAAAUGAGUUCUUCAGGGUUAUCACUGUGCAAACAACCCUUAAGUCAAAAAUUAUUUAUGAAUCUGCCGCCUUCUUCCCUUUCACGCUCUAAUGCACUUUGCCUUUGCUGCACUGUUUGAUUUACUCUUCAUAUACUUCAUCCACUGCAAAUCAGUUAAUCCAACUUUUUUUAGUUAAGUUGCAGGAGAUCUUUUCCAUAGCGGUCUCAUUUGUUCUCUGGGCAUGUUUCCUGAGCCUGAUUCUUUUUGCCUGUCCUAGAGUGAAUGGCAAGGCCUUUGACAUUAAUGCCAAACCAGAGGCCUGCAUGUUUCUCUGCUCCUUUUUGACAGCCUCCUCUGUUUUCGAGGGGCCGUCAGUCUUUUAGAGUGUACAGUAUGUUACAGUGCCAAUCUCUGUGAGACCAGUGUGAUCUUCACGCUGCCGUCCCACAGCGUUUUUGUUUUUUUUUUCCGUUUUGUUUGUUUUGGAAGAAAAAGCACACUGUCGAAACAUUUCCUUUACAUGGUAGUUGAAUAGCAUUUGCUAAUUUUUACAAUGAAUUGUUAUGAUCGUUAUUAAUAUUGUUAUUAUCAGUAGUAUUAUUGACUCUUUGUUGCACAGCACUGACAGCUACAUGACGUGUAGUGCUACUAAGCUUGUAUGAUACCUAGGAGAAAAGAAACAUUUAUAAAUCAUGCAAUUAUUGAUACUAUCUGAGUAUUUUUUAAAAAUAAUGCUAAGGGUCGGUUUACAUAAUAUGAUCCCUUCAGUGGUUCAGGCUUUUUGCAUCAUUUCUGUAAAAUUCAAAGAAAUGUCCUCUUGGUACUUGAACAGCCAUCGCAUUAGGAAUCAAACUGAUACUGUCACCAACACAAACUAUUGGACUCAAAUUGUUUUCAGGAUAAUUAUCGUCUCUAUUUCCUAUCUAAAAAACCUGAGACUGACCUCAGGGUGCUCUCACUGACCUCAUCUCAAGGAUGGUGCCAAAUCUGAAACAAGUAAUGUAACGGCUAGAGAUGAAUAUUGCAUGGAUUUAUUUCUAUCUACAACAGAGAGAACUAUUAUGAUAUGAAAUAUUGCCUCUUCAUUGACUUUCUGGGUGCUACUCUGCACAUAACUGGAGUCCGAUAUGUUGACAAUGUGCAGCUGUAUUCAUGAAUGGUGUUAUCGUUUUGGUAAAACAAACAAAAAAAUAUAUAUAAAUAUAGAUAUAUAUACAGCAUUUAAAUAGCAGGCUUUGUAAAUCCUUUGAUGGGUCAAAUGAAUUAAAGGAAAACGGC